AUGCGUUACGCUUUCUGUGCUCUGGCCCUCACGGCCGCAACCAUGGCCAUCCCGGUGUCUGUGACUACCGAGGCCCGUUCCGUCGACUCUAUCUCCCACCCCGGAAACGAAGCUGCUCCUCGCCUGGAGUCUCGAACCCUCGGCCUUCUCAGCGGUCUUCUCGGAGGCCACGGUGGUGCCGGUGCCAACGCUAACCUCGGUGCCAAUGUCGGUGCCGGUCUUGGUGCCGGUCUCGGAGCCGGUGGCAAGGGCGGCGCUGGCCUCGGCGCCAACGUGGGUGGCAACGCUGAUGUGAACGGCAGCGCUGGCCUGGGUGCCGGUGCUGGAGGUGAUGCCGACGGCGGCGCUGGCGCUGGCCUCGGUGCCGAUGUUGGUGGAAGCGGUAGCGCUGAUGUUGGCGCUGGCCUAGGUGCCGGUGCUGGAGGUGACGCUGGUGCUGGAGGUGACGCCGGUGCUGGAGCUGAUGUUGGCGGCGAUGCCGGCGCUGAUGUUGGUGCUGGUGGAAACGGUGGUGCCGGUGUUGGCGCUGAUGUUGGCGGAAGCGGUAGCGCUGACGUUGGUGCUGGCCUGGGUGCCGGUGCCGGUGGAAACGGAGGUGCUGGCGUCGGUGCUGAUGUUGGCGGUGAUGCCGACGCUGAUGUUGGUGCUGGCCUGGGUGCUGGCGCUGGUGGAAACGGUGGUGCCGGUGUCGGUGCUGAUGUUGGUGGAAGCGGUAGCGCUGACGUUGGUGCUGGCCUCGGUGCCGGUGCUGGAGGUGACGCCGGUGCUGGAGGUGACGCCGGUGCCGGUGCUGAUGUUGGAGGCAGCGGUGAUGCCGGCGCUGAUGUUGGCGCUGGUGGAAGCGGUGAUGCCGGCGCUGAUGUUGGCGCUGGCGGAAACGGUGGUGCUGGCGCCGGAGUUGGCGCUGACGUCGGCGGCAGUGGUAGCGCUGGCGCGGAUCUCGGUGCCGGUCUUGGAGGAAACGGCGGUGCUGGUGCUGGUGCUGGUGCCGAUGUUGGCGGUAGCGGCAGUGCUGACCUUGGUGCUGGAAUUGGUGGCGGUGCUUCGCCCAGCGGAGGUGCUUCUCCUAGCGGUGGUCCUUCUCCCAGUGGAACUCCCUCUGCUCCUUCUCCCUCCGGUGUCAGCCCCAGCGAGGAUGAGAGCCCCGAAGGUCCUUCUCCCACUGGCUCUUCUCCUGACACUUCUUCCCCCGGCCCUAGCGGCGGCGCUUCCGGCGGUGCUUCCGGCGGUGCUUCCGGCUCUGGCGAUGUUUCCGGUGGCGCUGAGGGUGGUGCUUCCGGUGGUGCUUCCGGCUCCGGCGAUCUUUCUGGCGGUGCCUCUGCUGGUGCUUCCGGCGAUGCCUCUGGCGAUGCUUCCGGCAGCGCCUCUGGUAGCGCCUCUGGCAGCGCUGGCGGCGACGCCUCUGGCACCCCUACCUCCGGUAGCUCCGGCAGCUUUAACAGCCACAGCGCCAGCAGCUGGGGCAGCUCUUCUUCCAGCUCCGCUUCCUCUAGCUCUAGCGGCAAGUCCUCGUCCUCGGUCUCCAUCAACGGCCACCCCGUCUCCGGCACCUCUGCCUCCAUCGAGUGCGAGUUCGACAACGGCUCCAAGGAGUGCCAGGAGCAGCACCAGCCCGACACUGGCGCCUCCGCCGACGACAGCGGCGACGACGAGGAGUGCGAGUGCGAGGAGUAA